ACUGAGCACGUAUACCAUAUCCUGUUAUUCUAAAAAUAUUGUCUAAGUUACUCAUUAGAAAAGAAGAAAAGAACAAGGAUCAGAGGGUCAAGGAUGGACAUGAUAAAGAAGAGCCAAGGAGAAUAUCUGGACCAUCUGGACACCUUCCCAUAGUCAGCUCCAAGGACAUUGGGCUAAUUAAAGCUAUUGAAUGGAAAGUACUGAUGGAAAGUCCCUGGCAACCAAAAUGGGCCUACAACAGAACCAACCAGAACGAAGCCCGUGAACCCAAGCCCAAUCAAGAGCUAACAAGUGACUAUGGGAGGGGGAGUUGGAAAAGUAUAAAAGUUGCUGUUUGUUUUUAUUGGGCUUGUGGGCCGGUGGGGAGCAGGGGUCUCUCCAGGCCACCCAGCAUGCUGAUUUGCUUAUCUGCACUUUAUAUAAAUCUCACAAUAAAUUUUGCUGCUAAAUUUUGAUUUGGUUUAUUUACCUAUAACAGGAGGAAUGAGGAAGAACUGGAGAGGAUCUAGAGGAGAUCUGACAGGAUGGAACUUUUCUCUGUAUUGGAAAUAGAAUGAAAUCUCCACAAAGAGCAGCAUGGAAGGCUGGGACUGAAGUUCUCCACUCCCUGCGUUACCUGCGAGUGGUGGUGUCGGAGCCCGGCCCGGGGCUCCCCCGAUACGUGGGGGUGGGAUAUGUGGACGGGAUCCCCUUCGCGAGCUACAGCAGCGAGCGGGGCCGGGUGGAGCCACGGACUCUGUGGAUGGCGGCUGGAGCUGAGCCGGGAUAUUGGGAUACGGAGACCUGGAUCAGCAAGAUGUACCAGCACGAGGAACCCAUCCACCUGAAGAUGCUGCAGAUCCGGUACAACCAGAGUAGGGGUCUCCACACACUGCAGCGGGAAAUCAGCUGUGAGCUCCUGUCUGACGGGAGCAUCCGCGGAUCCUUUCGGCAAGGCUACGAUGGGCAGGAUUUCAUCUCCUUCGAACUGGGAUCCGGGAGCUUCGUGGCAGCUGAUGGUGCUGCCCAGAUCACCAAGAGGCGCUGGGAAUCUGACGGGAUCACGGUGGAGGAGUUGACAAAUUACCUGGAGCACACCUGCCCGGAAGUGCUCCAGAAACACGUCUGGUAUGGGCAGGAGGCGCUGGAGCGAAAAGAGCCCCUCGACAUCCAUGUGUCUGGGAAAGAGGAACACGGGAUCCUGACGUUGUCCUGCCACGCGUACGGAUUCUACCCCAGGAUCAUCGGGAUCAACUGGCUGAAGGGGGAUGAAAUCUGGGAUCAGGAGACGGAGUGGGGCGGGAUCGUUCCCAACAGCGACGGCACCUUCCACAGCUGGGCCAGGAUCGAGGCGCUGCUGGGGGAGCGGGAGCAGUACCGGUGCCGGGUGGAGCACGCCGGAAUGCCGGAGCCCGGGAUCUUCGCCUGGGAGCCGGAAUUUGGAUGGAAUUUCAUCCUGGUGCUGGUCGCUGUGUCCAUCAUCACUGCCAUCAUCAUCAUCGUCCUCAUCCUCAUGAGAUUUGGCAUCUGGAAGCUCCGAUCCAGGGAUCCUGUGCCACGGGUCCCGAUCCCACUUCAUUUCCAUAGGGAAGAGGGAGAGAAAGGAAUAUAACAUGGCAACUGGAAUAGACAUGUGAACCAACAGCUUGACCGCAGGAAUCACCACCUGAGUGAUCCAUGGAGCCAGAGCAAGGGAAAUCUGAGAGUUACCGGCUGAGCUCAUCCCACUGCUCCCACCCACCCCAGCCCUGCCAUGUCUCUUCUGAAUGGAUCAUCUUCCCACUUUCCCAUGUUUGAAAGCCAGGAAUCACAGCUAUUUCAAUGCUUUCAUUUUGGUGUGAAAAUAUCCUUCCCCCAUGUCCAGCAGAGCAAAUUCCAGCAACUCCAGGAUGGACUCACCACUGGCCAAGGCUGAGCCCAUCAGAGAUGGCAGUGACGCCUUGGGGAGAACGUAUUGAAGGAAGAAAAAGUCCUUGUGCAGAUGGAAUUGGGUGCAGAGAAGAACAGAGUGGGAACAGGGGAGAGGAACAGCUCUGCAGACCCCCAGGGCAGUGCAGAAGGAGGGGUAGGAGGUGCUCCAGGCACAGGGGCUGAGAUUCCCCUGCAGCCCAAGGAGGAGCCCACACCAGAGCAGGAAGAUGCCCAAAAAGAAGGAUGUGAGCCCGUGGGAAGCCCGUGCUGGAGCAGAGUCCCUGCAGCUGCUGUGGCCCCAGAGAGCUCCAAGGGUCUCACUCAGCACUGCUGGUUAUGGGGCCACACAGAGGGGGCUUGAGGCACAGGAAUUGUCCAUCCUGGCCCCAAUUCAGGUCUGUGAUUUUCUCUGAAAGUUGGAGAACAAAAAUAGGAUUCCACUUGGAUUGUUCUUCAGGCAAGAAAAAUAAUAAAUUUCCCAGGCUGCUCAUUAAAGCAGCAGGAGCUGGUUAGACAGCACCAGUUCCUGGCAGCAGAGAGUGUUUCUGAGCAGCUCAAGAGCAGCUCAGUCCAGGGCUGUUCAUCAAGGCUGAGGCCUAACGAGCAUUUCUCAGAUCACAGGGAGGCCUGGGGGGGGUGUGUGGGGAUGCACCACCACACCUGGAAAGGUGUUGUCCCAAGGACUUGCACAGCUGGGAGGUGUUUUCAGUCCCAAAUUCCACCCCCUCCCCCCCCACCCCACAAGGUGCUGGACGGCCCUUCAGACCCACCUGAGACCACCCCCUGUCUCUCCAAAAACCUGCAGGAGGGAAAGCAGCUGAGUCUAAAACAGCAAGUGUUCUGUGGAGCUUUAAUGUCUCGCAGCUGCUUGCAAGCUUGGUUUGCUUUGUUUGCUAAAAUGCAUAAAUAGUAUAAAAAGCUUUGCGAGUUGGUGCUUGACUUGUGAAACAGCACCGGGCACCCAACUCUGGAGUAAUAACGCUUCAAUGUCUCUCUCGAGUGUGUCAUUAUUGUGAUAGCAAAUAAAGACCAAAGGAGAGAUAAUUUGCUUAUCAAAUUAUAUUUGCAACACUGUAAUUACAAACUGCGAUAAACAAAGUCUCAAGUUUCUAUAAGUUUCAAGUAAUAGUUUCAUUUAGUGUUUGUCUUGACUACCUCAUGCAUAUUGAUUGUAUCAUAUACAUGUAUAUUCUGCGGGUUUUUGCUAAGUGUUUAAUGUGUAGGUUUUCUUACAGCUAAAGCUGAGAGUUAUCUCUACAACCAGUCAUAGUUCAUGUAUUCUUAGACAAACGGGCGCCUAAAGAUUUAAAGUUCUACUAUAUUUACAGCUAAAGCUAAAAGAGUUAUCUCUACAGCCAGUCAUAAUUCAUGUAUUCUUGGACGAGUAGGCGCCUAAAGAUUUAAAGUUCUACUAUAUUUCAUUCUUAGGAUAGUAAGGAAGUUUUAGGCCUUUUGACCUUGUGAGGGUCUGUUUUAUUUCCUUGCGGGGGUGUAGUUGAGUUUUGUAAUCCAUUUGUUUUGUUUUAAUGUAGUCACUCAUUUGUUUCACAAAUCACAAUUAUUUAUAUAUCACACAAACCAUAAUGUUAUGUUACAAUAAUUAGUGAUAUUUUGUUAUGUUAUGUAAUGAGAAAAAGAACCGAAAAAGAGAACAGAACUAUUUCCCAGCGGCAAGAUGGCACAUGUGCAGAAAAAGCUGACUACGUCAAAAGGAUGAAGUGAACAGAGCCGAGCUUGUCUCCUAGCAACAAGAUAACGCAUGUGUAAAGCCUCUCGGCAACAGAACAGAGCCUGCACAGACAGACCUGAUGACGUAAAGCAGAGGAAUCAGAACAAGGAGGGGAUUUUAAAAAAGACAAGCAGCUACAAACCUAUAAAAGGCAGAUUGAAAAUUAUUGAAGCGUGCCUUGGAUGAGCAAGAAAGGCUCAUCAAGUCACCCAGCGCUGUUUUGCUUAUUUGAUUUUUAUAUAAAUCUAUAAUAAAACUUUUUACUACGAUAUUUAAGCCUAGUGCUGAUUUUACUUAUAACAAUUAUCGGCUUGUCACAGCCCGGGGAACGAAUGCGAUGUUUGCGGCCAAGGCCGAGGCACAAACUCGUUCCGAGCCCGCCGGGGCUCAGCGGGAAGGAGGAGCCCGCGGGCAGCCGCUGAAAUGGAGACAAGACAAAAUAAAAAUUUAGCCAUGUUAGCACGAAGUGUGACUUUGCAGAAUUGUAACUGCUUGCAAACAGGUCUCUGCCCAAAUUGUGGGCAGAUAAAAUGAAGGGGAAGUAAACAAAUAAGGGACUGACAGGGAAAGUGGGAAAACAAAGGCUUUUAGCACAUAGCAUUGUGAGUGAGACAGGAGAGGGGUGGGGGGAAAACAGCGCUUGAAAUGAUAAAGUUUCAUGUUCCUACUCUGUAAUAAUUAAAAAUAGGGAUAGGUAACUGAAUGUAUAUUUAGAUAAGGCAGACUUCGUACCAGUUAUCAAAGAGUGUAUAUGAUAGAUAAUUUUUGAAACUUACUCCUUCCAAAUGUAUAUAAAACUGUUGUGUUUCUUUUCUCAGUGGAAUGCACUGGAGGGGGGGGCGAAACCCCUUUGCAUUGCCCCGGCCGGAAAUAAAAAGUGUGCUUUUA